AUGCCCUUGCCACAAGCAUGUACCGACCGAACAGCUUCUUCUAGAACCUUUACGGAUCUUCCCCACCUUCGCUAUUUGUUUCUCUCCUUCAACCGCCUGAGUGAAAUUCCUGCCGGAGCAAUAGAGUUCCAUGGACACGGGAUCCUUUCCCUUGACCAUAACAACAUUAGUAAAAUUGCGGUUGGUGCCAUUACAGGUCUUGGCGACGGCGACGUUUAUCUUAACGAGAAUUCGCUGACGGUUCUUGACGAGGACGUUUUCGGGGCUUUCCUGUCAGCAGGAGCCACGCUCGAAAUUGACGAUAACCCUCUCGGAUGCGGCUGCGAGAUCGCGUGGCUCGUCACCAACUCCGCCUACAUGAGCCUCAUCUCCCCUGGCGCCUCUUGCUACGACGGAGAGUUGCUGGCGAACCUUGACCCAACCAUCUACGAGGACUUCUGCUGA